AUGGUUGCACCUUUAAAACCCGAGUAUACUCCUGGAGAACGCAUGAUUCAUGAGAAACUCGCUAACCAGUUACAGGCUACUCGACUCAAUGUAAAAGACAUUUCAGGUGGAUGUGGUUCAAUGUAUGCUGUCGAGGUAGCCAGCCCAAUGUUUUAUGGCAUUUCAUUGGUAAAACAACAUCGUAUUGUAACAGAUCUUUUGCGUGAUGACAUUAAAGCUAUGCAUGGCAUUCAGAUCAACACUUCGGCAUCACAAACAGAUGAAUAA